CAGUUAAAAACCGAAAGUACAUCAAAGACGGCAACAACGCAGAUCAUCUGACUAUUAUUAACUUAGAAUUAGUGUUAUUAUUUUAGACAUUAAAGAUCUAAAAUCUAGUCUACUCAAUAUGAACGAAUCAAGUUUACCCCCGCCUUUGUCGGCUAAAUAUACGGACUCUUUUGCUUUCCCAACAAUGAAGGAUCGAAUCCCUGUUAUUUUAUCAAAGAUAGUGGAUCAUCUUAACAGAAAUCGUGAUGCAAUCAUCAAGGAACAUGGAGGGGACUCAUCUAGAGAGGAAUUGAAAAGUUUAAUAGGUUCUAUGUCACAGCUACGCUAUGAAGUUAUGACAAAUAAAUCUGCAGCACCUCUUAGAGAUUCACGUGCAGAUGUGCCUUUGUGGAAUGCAGAACUUGCCAAAGAAGUGGAAAAACAAAAUGGAGAACCAAUGAAAUGGUUUGAUAGUGCUUGGCUGUGGAUGGAGUGUUAUUUGUAUCGCAGAAUUUAUGAAGCAGUGCUUUUGGGUGAUAAAUUAAGAGGAUUUGAUGUCUUUGGUGAUCAAAAACAAGCAGCAUUUUUAAAUUCUUAUAAGGCUAUUUCAACACUUACUAUGUGUUUUUUGGAGGUUUUGCAGACUUUAGAGGAAACAAAAACUGACGUGGAAGUUAAAAAGUAUUUUUUACAAUUUUUACAGGUCUCACUUUGGGGCAACAAAUGUGAUCUUUCUAUAUCAGCUGGUCAUGAAAACCACCAAGAAAAUUGUUUACUGGAGCAGCUAACAACUCUAAAAUCAAAGGUGCUGAUAGAUGAAGCAGAAGAGGCAUUUCAGAUCCUACACACAGCUUGCAUAUCUAGAGGAGGACAACCAGGACGAGUAGAUUUUGUGCUGGACAAUGCAGGAUUUGAACUUCUCACAGACCUCUGUCUGGCAGAGUUCUUGGUUUCAGCCGGUCUGGCAUCCAGAAUCCACUUUCAUGUCAAAGCCAUUCCUUGGUUUGUCUCCGAUGUCACUGAGCAGGACUUGAUGUGGACCCUGAAACAGAUGUCCUCUAUGAAUCACUUGGCCAUCAGCCAGCUCAGCCAUAAAUGGAGAUCUCGGUUACAGGAAGGUUCCUGGGUAGUUGAGGUCAAUGAUUUUUGGACUCUGCCCAAUGAUUACAGCCAGAUGAAGGAGUUGUAUCCUAAAUUAUAUGCUGAUUUAGGGAAUGCAGAUUUCAUUUUUUUCAAAGGUGACUUGAACUACCGAAAGCUUGUGGGCGAUUUAAAAUGGGACACACAGACAGACUUUUCUGACAGUCUUCGAGGAUUCGGCCCUGCGCCAUUGUGUGUCCUUCGCACCUUAAAAAGUGAUGUGGUAGUUGGCUUGAUUGCAGGCCAGGCUAGUGAAUUAACAAGGACUGAUAAAGAUUGGAUGAUUAAUGGGGAGUGGGCUGUGAUAUCUGUAUCCAAAGGAACCCUCAAUUCUUCCUAAAUGCUAAUCAAAAACACAUUUCUGCUAUUGUCAAUACAGAUUUUUUUCUUCUACAUAUUUUUUACUACCCAAAUGUGCUAUUAAGAUUUGUAUUUUUACUUCAAAAUUCCAAGAUUUAUUACUCUAAAAGAUUUAUACUUUUUAUUGUCACAUAUUUGUACUAUUGUUUCAAUGUCUUGACACAUAUUUCAAAAUUGAUGUAGUUUGUUACAUCCUGAAUGAUUACAUGAUAUAUGUACCAAUCAAAACACACCCAGCAAUUGCUUAUCUGGUCAGUUUACUUAUUUCCCUUAAAAUAAAGCUUUUUUAAAAUAUAAUUGUUCAUGUUUAUGUAUGACAACAAACGUUAGUCACACUUGCUCUGUGCCUUUUUGUUUGUUUAAAAUAAAAUCUAUUUCUAAAACAUCAAGUCAAAAUUGACAGAUUUGCAGACAUCAAUAAGUGUACAAAAAAAAUUCACUUGAAAUAUGUGAUGUUGUGGAGUAUUUUC